GUUCAAUAUAUCUUGAUAGAUCUGCAGAGGGUAAAGUGUAUGGUCUUAUACCUUAUCAUCGGCGGCACGCGCGAUAAGGGGGGCUAACCUUACUGGACGACUUCAACUUACUCCUAUCGCCUCGGCGGGGAAGAUUGCAUCACAUAUAUGUAUAUGCCCAGCUUGUCCUUGCAUUAUUGAGAACAUCUCCUUACCUAACUGACCUACACAUUCAACCUGAUAGGUCCCCGGAUUGUUUUAUAGUUAUUAUCUCCUAACUCGCACACCUUAUCUUCUCUGCCGCCGCUAGUGACGCAGCCGAGAACGGUCAUGAGCAACGAGCCUACAUGGUCGUCGGCCUCAAACCCGAGAUAUCUCCUGUCUCAAGCUUUCUCGUCCAAUUUCCUCAGUUAGGUUGCUACAUUUCUGGUUUAGCUUAGUUGGCUCAAAAUUAGCUUCAUCGUCGUAGAAUAAGACACGGCCGAGAACGGUAGAAAUGGACAAACGCCCUGUCUUAUAUAUAUAUCUAGAUAUUCGGCUUCUUCUUUUGGACCCAGUGCUUCCAAUCUAGAAUUGCGAAGUGAAUUGGACGUCGGUUUCGAUUCAAAUCAUCUGCAGUCUCUACGAUGUUUGGCCAGGAGGAUGAGCAGGUAUGUGGGCAAACCAGCCAGGACUACAAGAGCUUGUGGGGGUUGAGUAGUGACUGCGCUUCUACGACCAAGGCAUACUGGGGUAGGCUCUCUUCCCAAGACCAUUUCAAAGAAUCUAUCUAUGCUGGCAUACUCGCGCUCGUGUUAUUAUCCACGAUCUUAGUGUAUAUAAUUCGGAGACAGAGGCUCAGCAAGCAAAGCACGCGCCCGUCUACGCCAACUACACCAGGACUUGAGAAGGCGGCAUCGAAGAGAAGCAAUACUCAAGGCCGCGAAUUGGGUAAAUGGAUUCCAUCGGACUUCCGCAUGCCGAAGCCAGACCCAUAUCCAGAUUGGUCAGUCGAGCACACGAAACCGCUUCCGUACAGGCCGUUUCGGUACGGCCCCAAAUACAACGUAACCAUGGGACUCCGCUCGCUUAAACAUGUCGAUUGGAUUGAGCUUGAUAACCACUUCCCACGGUACCACGCGGACAAGGCACGGCGUAUCGAGGAGCGUGGCCAUAAGUGCUGUAGGACAGCGCCCGAGGCGUAUCCCGCUGCGGUAGAACUUCUUGAAGAUCUAGUUGACUACCUGCCGGCGCGGUACCCGUCGCUGUACAAGCGGACGGAUGUCGGGAUUGACAACCUCUGGUCCGGCGAAAGCUUUGAUAUCGUAACGCGGCCAUUGGCAGAGGACCCGAUGCAAAUAUCGGCCCGGCUAGUACAAGACGACCUAGCGAUCAUGAUCGAGAAGCCGGAUGGCCAGUACUACCUUCUAGCAGGUGCAGUCUUGCUGCCAGGAUUUUGGCGACUAGAAGACAAGUACGGUAUGACGCUGCCGGAGAUCCACACGUCUGGGGAUGUACCGCAGUUCCGGGAGAAGUUAGAGAAGGGCAUGUUAAACUUCUUCCGACGACUGCGGCCGGAUGAGAUGGUGGCGCGUAACAACUACUUCAUGCAAGUGGACGACGAUCUGGGAUGGUCUUGGAGUAUCGGAUCAGAAGACGCGCCAGAGGCGAGUUGGAACACAGCAGAGAAGAACCGCGCUGUUGAGCACCAUUACUUUCGCUCUGAAAGGCAGACGCUGCGACGGCUGCCGCGGACGGGGGGCGUGGUAUUCACAAUCCGAACAUACUUCCACCCGAUCACGGAGAUCGCUGAGGAGGAUUACGUGCCAGGGCGGUUGGCGAGCGCGAUAAGGAGCUGGGGGGAUGAUGUGAGUCGGUAUAAGGGGAAGGAAAGGUACGGAGAAGUGCUACUAGAGUACUUGGACAAGAAGCAUGAGGAGCAGAUAGCGAGGGGCUUGGACCUCAGUCGCGAAGACGAAGUUCGAGCAUAUCCAUACUGAGGACUAGUUGCCCUAGGUAUCUUAGUCCUAUUAUAUCUAAACCAAUUAUUUAGCAAUGAGAAAGAAUUUGGAUUUAUCGUAAUCGAAGUCGGGCUUGAAUCUGCGAGGUUAUGCUUCAGAGUCUUAGGUCUUAGUGUAG